ACAAACUACGACGCCUCUGGUUCUUCUGAUGUACCCAAUGACACAACAGCCUCCGCCCAUCCCAUUCACCCAUUGGCCGGCUUGCUGUUGGUGGAUGAGGAGCCUUUAUCAGUCGUCCAACCAGAUGGCAGGGCUGUGUCAGAGGGGGUGGGCCUGAGAGAGCAGCCUGCCUUCUCCUCCAUACUGACCCUGCUGGCGGAUAAACACCCACUGAGCUUGGUCCGAUCCAAGACCUCGCCAACCAUCAUCAAGGACAACAACCAAACCAGCCUGUGGCCUUCGGUUGCUCCCUUCUCUUCUUCUUCUUCUUCUGUGGAGCUGAGCAGAGACCUGUCUGACAGCUCAGAGACAGCGAUGGAGGAGUUAACUGUGGGAACAUCCAGAGAGACAGGGGUUAAUUUCCCCAAAGACAACGAGACCAGAUUAUCCCAAACAGGGAACCUCACCUUAGCCGACAGGCCUGCACUCACAACAUCACAGGUGUCACCUUUGACCCCUCGAGAGGACACAACGACUGCAUCCCUCCAGCUCACGACCGUGACCACCACAACCAUAGCUUCCACCACAACCACAACACAGCCAAUCACAGAGAGCCCAACCACGACAACAACACGCAGAACCACCACUGCUCCAGCCUCCAGGAGAACACUGUCACCUCCAAUCCCAAAGACCAAACCCAGAGGGACGACCACCCCGUUCCCCUUCACCACCACCACGGAGGCUCCACCCCGGCAGUGCAACGUCACAGAGAAGAUCUGGGUUAAAACAAUUCUGACCAUCCAUGUGAGAAGGAACCGCCUGGACAGCAUCCAGAGACAGAACCUGCGUAGAGGGCUGACCCAGGCUCUGAGUAGAGCUCUGAAUGACACCACUGCCCUGGCUCAGGUGGAGACUGUGUUUGGCUCUCCCAACGUGACGGUGGGCUACCACGUAAUUGGAGCAGACAUGGUGUACCCGCCCUCUGUGGUGGUCGAGGCACUUCACUCCUACGGCCGGGAUAGGCUGAUGGGUGAUGUGCGACAGUUUGUCCCCAUGGUAACGGCGCUGCCCAACACAGCCGCACCAUGGAAACCCAGCCCAGCUAUCAGCCUCCAGCUCAAAACAGUUCUGCGCUUCGUAGGUCCAGGAGAUGACCCGCGUUCCUGUCGGUUCUCGCAGAUGAUGGAACAGAGGCUGGAGAACGUGUUCUCUGAGGCCCAGGCCAAAGUCCUGGACGUCCACACCAGACUCUCUGUCCAGAUGCUGAGUGUUUCUCAGUCAGUGGGUUCUCCUGCUGUGUCUCUGGUCUACAUGGUGAGGAACGGGACCGCCCCUCUCAACGGCACCGCCGCCUCUAACCUCCUGGGUCAGCUGACCGCAGAGAUGGUCGGCUACUUCCUGUUCUACCCACCGCUGGUCAUUGCUGAACCAUUGGAAUACCACAACCUCAAUACCUCCAUCGCUACCAGAGACUUCUGGGUAAUCACAGUCAUCCUGGAUGUGGAUAACUCAUCUCUGGAGAGCCAGUACCAGAGCUUUGCCAGUCUCAUGGAGCAGCGCCUGGCUGAGCUGUUUGUGGUUGCUCGCCAGCAGGGCACUCGCUUCAGGAGAGCCACCACUGUGGACAGCUACACUGUCCAGAUGGUGAGUAUCCGUCGAGUGAUGGGUCAGAAGAACCCAGCAGAGAUGACCUACUACGUUCAGCUGAAUGGUCUUCCCUUACCGGGCACGUCAGCCGCCAAGGUCCUGAACACGCUGGACUCUCAGACCAUGGCCCUCACACUGGGUUACUUCGUUCAGCUGCAGGCUGAACCCGUGGUGAAGAAUCCUCCAAACAAUCUGUGGAUCAUCGCAGCGGUGCUGGCCCCUAUCGCCGUGGUAACGCUCAUCAUCAUCAUCAUCACCGCCGUGCUCUGCCGGAAGAACAAGAGCGACUUCAAAGCCGAUGCCAUGGGCAACCUUAACCCCCGUGUCAAGACGUCAUAUCGGAGGGAUGUUACAGGAUAUUACCACCAGCCUGUCCAGGGGUUUGACUAUGCCAAGCAGCACCUGGGCCGCGUGCAGGGUGGGGAGGGAGAGACCCUCCCCGUGACCCAGGACACCCUGGUGCUGCCCCUGCCCAUCCGGGAAGCCCCCCUCUCCCUCUCCCUGGAGAAGGCCCUGCACCAGGACGGCACCGCCAACAAGAAGACCCUCAACUCGGACAUACGCAAGAGCAGGUUGCCGAGCGAGGACGGUUCCGUCAUCAGCAACGAAUCAGAGAAGCUCAACUCUGGUCGGGGCUCGGUGGCUCAGAAAGUCACAGCACAGCAGAAAUUGACAAAGGAGGAGACACGCAAGAAGAACGAUCCCUACGACACCUCGUUUGGUUCCCUGCAGCUUAUUUCCAUAAAGCCCAUGACUGCUCCGCCCACCUAUUCACACCCCGCCUCCUCUGACCGCAGCCAAGACUCAGCCAUCCUCAAUGGAAAUGGAGAGGUGAACCUAGCUCUGAAGCAGAAGUCCGACAUAGAGCACUACAGGAACAAGCUGAGGCUGAAGGCUAAGAGGAAAGGGUACUAUGACUUCCCCUCAGCGGACGGCAGCGGGAGUGGUAGCAGGGCGCUGGCACAGAGGCAGAGACACGGACAUGAGAGGGCACCUGGAGAGCAUGGCCCACCACUGGAGCCUGAUGAAGACCGAGCAUCCACCUACGUCAAGUCCAGCAGGAGACACUCUCAGGUGAGGCAGCGGACCUAUCGGAGCAGGCAGAGCCUGAACAGCCCGAGUACCGGAGGAACAGAGAUGGACCUGCUGGUUAUGAGGGAGAGACCCAGGAGAGGCAUCAGGAACAGCGGCUAUGACACUGAACCGGAGCUGAUUGAGGAGACCAACGUGGAUCGUCUGAUUGGCCCACGGGGGGGUUAUGUCUGCCCCAGAGGGGUCAAAGGUCACUCAGAGACCUCCACGUUGAGCUCCCAGCCGUCCAUCGACGAGGUACGCCAGCAGAUGCACCUGCUCUUGGAGGAGGCCUUCAGCCUGGCCUCAGGGGGACAAUCCUCCACAGCCGGACGCCACCACCACUCCCAUCAUCCCCACCCCCACCACGGUUACCACCACGGCCACUACAGCCCCGGACCUCCACCCCUGCCCUACUCUGACGUGGUGACCAGUGCCCCGGGAACCAUGAGCCGUGGCCGAGGAGGAGGGCUGCAGUGGAUGCCGGCGUACGGAGCAGACAUGUAUCAGUGCAGCCUCCCCAAACCUGCCUUUAGGUUCACCCAGCUUCCUGACAUGGUUAUGACCUCUCCUCCACCCCCUAUUCCCCCUCGCACCGGCCCCCCUCCUGGGACCUCUCUAAGACGCUCGUCGCCUGACCUGGGGUCCACGGCCAGGAUCUCAGAGUCUGGGACCAACAUGAUGGACAUGCAGACCCAGCAUAAUGACAGCAGCGCCCCCUAUGUCUCUCUCUCCAGAGCAGUACUCCCCUCAGUCCCCCUCUCCAGAGCAGCACUCCCCUCAGUCCCCCUCUCCAGAGCAGCACUCCCCUCAGUCCCCCUCUCUAGAGCAGCACUCCCCUCAGUCCUCCUCUCCAGAGCAGCACUCCCCUCAGUCCCCCUCUCCAGAGCAGCACUCCCCUCAGUCCCCCUCUCCAGAGCAGCACUCCCCUCAGUCCCCCUCUCCAGAGCAGCACUCCCCUCAGUCCCCCUCUCUAGAGCAGCACUCCCCUCAGUCACAGCAGAACAGCCGGUGUUCACCUACUCAGGAAACCCCAUCACAGCGGUGUACGCCAUCCCAGCCUCGCGGUCGGGUUACUCUGAGUACUUUGCCUCCACGCCCCCAUCCUCCUACCACAGCCCAUCCUGGAUGUCCUACCCCCCUGAGCCUGAGGACGUGCCCCCCCAGUGGGCUGACUCUGUGGCUCUCCCGGGGUACGUGGAGGCCUUCCCUCAUCCCCGCUACCCUCAAGGCAGCUCCCCCAGACUCCCCCUACACUACGGUCAGGCCAUGGAGCCACCCCCCACCCCGACCACCGCCACGUCCCAGAAGAGCCUGCCCGAUGCGGGGGAGCCCAGAGACAGAGUCCCCCUCAGCAGUCUCUCCACAUCCGCCCUGGUCCAGGCCAUCCGACAGGAGGUGGCAAAGCUGGCCAAGAAGCAGACAGACAUGUUUGAGUUCCAGGUGUAAUCCCUCUAGUGGCCGGGAGGUGGAAUUGCAGCACUCUCUUUUCUGAACAUGCUGUAACACUAGAGACAAAACAAACUCUCAAACUCAACUUUUUUGACAUUUGUAUAUUAAGACAGAUAAAAGCCUCUUUCUUUCUAUUUCUCUCUCUCUCCCACCUCUCUCAAAGUGGGAAAAUCCCACGUUUCUCUGAUGUGUUUCAUCACCAUGCUGUUAUUUUGGAGUUACUGAAGAGUGAAAGUGUUCUAUCUCAAACUGUCAGUCAUCUCUUCUUAACGAUGUCUCUAUAGUUACAAUACCUGUUUCUUUACAUUGUACAUAUGUCAUCCCCACAUCUAAAGACCUGUAAUAAUGAAAGAAGUCGAGGGCAGGCAGACCGUGGCACUAAAUCCUCCAAACACCGGUUUCGAGGGCAUCACUUUUAUACAAUGUGUUACCAACAUAUUCAAAUAAUGAUUGACAUUAUUUUUUUAAAUUAAUUUAUUCAUACUAUUACAUCCUUCUACAAGAUAUAGUCCCGACACAAAUCUAGCCGGCUUGUCGUUCGUUCUAUCAGUUCGGUUGCUACAGUAGAGAAGCGACACAGAGUCUUUCAGUCAUUUGUUCUAAAUGUUCCGUUUCCAUGCUGGCUGGCAACGUUCUUAUCCCUUUCUUUCCUGUUAGCCAACUAAGGCUAACUUACAGCUAGAAUAACAGCUGGCUGGCAACGUUCUUAUCCCUUUCUUUCCUGUUAGCCAACUAAGGCUAACUUACAGCUAGAAUAACAGCUGGCUGGCAACGUUCUUAUCCCUUUCUUUCCUGUUAGCCAACUAAGGCUAACUUACAGCUAGAAUAACAGCUGGCUGGCAACGUUCUUAUCCCUUUCUUUCCUGUUAGCCAACUAAGGCUAACUUACAGCUAGAAUAACAGCUGGCUGGCAACGUUCUUUUCCCUUUCUUUCCUGUUAGCCAACUAAGGCUAACUUACAGCUAGAAUAACAGCUGGCUGGCAACGUUCUUAUCCCUUUCUUUCCUGUUAGCCAACUAAGGCUAACUUACAGCUAGAAUAACAGCUGGCUGGCAACGUUCUUAUCCCUUUCUUUCCUGUUAGCCAACUAAGGCUAACUUACAGCUAGAAUAACAGCUGGCUGGCAACGUUCUUAUCCCUUUCUUUCCUGUUAGCCAACUAAGGCUAACUUACAGCUAGAAUAACAGCAAAGUAGUUGCAUUUGUUUUAGCUGUUUUCUAGAGAUAUUUAUUUGGAUAAAUCCAUAACAAUGAGCUAAUGAGGCUCGAUUUGUCCUGGCAUACAAAAUGUGCUCACUUGUCAGGACACUGUUGUUCAGAGAGACUAACCAACAACACAGCUAACACAAUCACUUCAAACUGAAGCUGGAAAGACUGCAAACUAGCGGCACUUCGUUUCAUUUGACCUUUUUUCAAUUUACAUUUCUUUGUAUAUAUCCAUAAAAACGAUACCAGCUGAUUCAUGAUUUUGACUUGUUGAGAAACGCUGCCUGUCUGUCUUGUCCCGACUCCCAACAUGUUCAUUACUAUGGGACAGCUGGAGGUUGAAUUUGAAUAUUGAAACAAUGUUGCAAAUGUCGGAGAGACAGACAGCAAGGUUUAUACAAAUCUCUGCUGUUGAAAACUAAAUGUUAGUCUAAAGGAAAUGUGAGACAAUGUCUAGAUGCUUUUUAUAGUGGAGAUUAUGUUUAUAAAUUGCUUGGCUGGGAUGAUGAGACAGUGGAUUGCGCAGUCAUAUGGAACAGAGUAAAUAGACAUUUUAACAUCAUAGAUUUAGCCGGUGGUAACUUGUGGAAUAGACAUGCGGUUUUAACCAAUCAGCAUUCAGGAUUAGACCCACCCGUUGUAUAAUGUGUAUAUAUAAGCAUGUAAAGGGAUGCCAUGUAUCUUAGCUCUUUUUAUAGAACAAGUCCAUUUCAACUAAAAGAGAGACUUCUGUUUUAUUGUCAUCUCCAAUGGCCCUGAGUAUUCCAUCCUCUGACUGAGAGGGGAUUUAGCUUAUGUUCUUCAAUGACAAUUGAGAUCUGAGUCAGAUUCCCUUUUCCUGUGCUCAGCCAUGUCUUCUAAGUAUCAUUUCAAGCAGUUUGAAAACAACAUGACCACAAAUUACAUUGGACCACAAAUUAGGCACAAUUGAAGUCAGUAGAUUUAAAGAAGGGUGUUGAUUUUCUCCUAUGAAAAGGAGGUGCUGGUAUUGUAUAUGAAUGGAUAUGAAUAGUGAGUUGAGAUCUGACACCAUGUUUGGAAGACACACCUGUCAGAACACAUGUGCCUCAUAAACUGUGAUUAUUGUGUCGACAAACACUUGAAUCUGAAGGAUGCCAACAACAAUUUCACUUGUUUCUUGACGAUGCCUCCAAACUGCCUUUCACAACGUGAACAUGAUCAGAAAUCCAGUACUGUAGCCCUUUUCUUGGACACAGUAAAGUUGGACUGGGUUUAACACAACUGUAAAUGUAAUGUGUUUCUUAACAGAAAGGAGAGAGGACACUUUAAAUGCUGACACAGUGCUCAGUUAGAUUUCUCUUUUCUUUAGAAAUCAAAGAAAUCAUAAAUUGGCCACAGAAUCCACUCAGCAAAUGUUAGAGAAAGUAUGUAUUGCACUGUAAUGAUUCUAUAUAACAGAGUGUCAUAUCUGUGUUCUACACAAUACAUUUCUACAUUCUGUAAUGUUUUUUCUUCUAGUAAUGAUCAGAUAAGACAAAAAGCAGACUGACUCUUUGACAUUUUAGGACUGGAGAUGUGCAUCUCUGGUUUAAUGCACAAUAUCCCCAGGAUUGAUGGCACAAGGUCCUCUAGUAGGUAUAAUGAUACUAUACAGUUCAUAUGGACAGUGGUGGACUGGGACACUGUUAACUACAUAGAUAUUAGUUUGACCUUUGAAGACCAAGGUGCUCUGUCAGCAGUGCAUUCUUUACAUCAUAUUGUGAAUGUCGAUCCCAAUGACUUUGAUCUCCUCCUUGAUGAUUGUACUGUAACUUUUUAUUUUUAACGAGAACCAGCUCAAAUGCACUUUAUGCUAUAGGUGUAUGUCUGUUAUGUUAACUGUUGCUGGACAGGAAGGUGAAACGGUUAGGGCAGCUCCCAGUCCUAAGUUUGGUCCUCUACAUGGAGUCUGGCUUUCAUUCUCUCGUUCCCAGUGAGUGAACACACCUUGUCUGAAGCUCCUUUUCAGUACAGUAUUCAUACAGUGGCCCUUGGUAUUCUAAUGGGUGGACAAGACAUGCAUGAGUCUACACAUGGAAACCAAGGCUGAGAUGAGCCUGGUUUGAUUAUCUUUGAUAAGAGGAACAAGUGAGAGGGGGAAGAGUGUAAUCGUUUUGGUCACAGUAUACCAAAGGAUGGGUGGAAGAGCAUAUCACCUCACACAUCAUAGGUGGUAUUGCAACACAAAAAUAAACUGUUCAAAUGAAAAGUUGUCCCAAAAAUGUAACACAUUUUCUCCUUCUGUGUUUAUCAUGACGACACAUUAUUGCAUUAUUUCAGAUGUAGGUUAUAGUUUUUCACCCUGAUUUCCUUUUUUACUGACCCCCUGUACAGUAGAGUUUCUGUUUCAGAUGCACCCUGGGAGAUUGAGUUUUCCAGCCCGUCCUGUGUGUCUGAGUGUAAAUAGGAGAGGAAUACUCUCUCUUACUGUAACUCCAAACCAGAACUCUGUUGCUUUUCUGUUUCCAGCAUCUCUUUUGCUGAUGGACUGACAACACUCAUGGUUGAGGAUGGACGGUUAUGUUAUCAUAUAGCUGCAGUAUUGUAAAAUGAAACCCUUUCUGUCUGUUCUGUAGAUGCUGACCAGUUUUGUGAUGAAAUGAACACUUUUCACAUUUGAAUGCUGAUACAUCAGUCUGAAGAGAGAAACAGGAUGGCAGAUUAUGCGAUUUGAAUCUUUGCAGAUUAACUCAAUAAAAGGGAUGACAGAUUGGCUGUUUGAUGAAGAAUGUGGUUUGUGACUUUAAUAUAUGAUUUACUUAUGAACAUAAAUAGUUGUUAGUCAAGGUAAUUCUGAUGAGAUACAAUCAUUAUAGUUUUUUCCCUGAUUUGAAUCCUUCUCUUCUCAGUUGUUGGAUGACAGAUGUAUGAAGGUUGCUUAGGAAGUAAUCUAUAAUGGGAGGGAAAGAGAAUCAAUCAAUUUAUAAAAGUGUUGGCACUAAUUUUCCAAAUAGGUCUAACAUUGUAAUAGACAACAGCAUCAGACCCCCCAAACUGUCUGUCUGUCACAUAGACCUAGAUAGGUCUACAAUACGAAACAGCGCGUUGAAAGUCAGAUUGUCAUAUGAAAAAAAUAGCACUGUAUUUUACAUCUCCCGUGAUCUAAAGGCUCUCCCAUCUGCUCUCCCAACUCCAACUCCAUCAUCAGGAUAGCCAGCUCGUUGACUUCGUCCAUUUCGCUCCUCCUGGCCACAUGGAUACCGGUCGGUGGACUAAACACCUCCAGAGGUUGGUAGUUGUUCACCACUAGGAUGCCCGUGUCAGGCCACCGCUCCGUGUCUCUAACAGGCUGCUGCUGCUUCUGCUGCGCAUUGCAAUGAUUAUGGUCCUGCAAAAUGGAGGUCCAAAUAUCCCCGCAUGCGUUGGACUGGUCAUAGAGAGAGGGGAAGAAUCUGGAUUUGUUGGCAUUCAUCUUGUUUUCACUUUUCAGUAGGUCAUGAAUUCAGAUUUGUUUGGAUUCGAAAGAUGAAUGCACCUGGUGGUUCUGGAACCAUUACCUCAAGUUCUUCAUGUUCUAAACCUUUUGUUGCAUUGUAAUGUGUGCAGUAGGCUAAACCAGUAGGCUAAACCAGUAGGCUAAACCAGUAGGCUAAGCCAGUAGGCUAAACCAGUAGGCUAAACCAGUAGAAUAAACCAGUAGGCUAAACCAGUAGGCCAAACCAGUAGGCUAAACCAGUAGGCUAAACCAGUAGGCUAAACCAGUAGGCUAAGCCAGUAGGCCAAACCAGUAGGCUAAACCAGUAGGCUAAGCCAGUAGGCCAAACCAGUAGGCUAAACCAGUAGGCUAAACCAGUAGGCUAAGCCAGUAGGCCAAACCAGUAGGCUAAACCAGUAGGCUAAACCAGUAGGCGAAGCCAGUAGGCUAAACCAGUAGGCCAAACCAGUAGGCUAAACCAGUAGGCUAAACCAGUAGGCUAAACCAGUAGGCUAAGCCAGUAGGCUAAGCCAGUAGGCUAAACCAGUAGGCUAAACCAGUAGGCUAAGCCUAAUGCUAAAAGGAAACAUUUAAUCAAUACAUUAAUUCACCCUAUUGCAGGAGAACUUUCCUUCAAAAUAAAAUAAAAAGGCUUCUGGAGUUUGUACAUUUCAGACUUGAUAAUCCCUUAUGAAAAAUGUAUCAACCCCUACACAAAUGUAUUAUAAUCCACAUAAUAAUUAACAUUUCCUGUUGGCGCAUAAGAAUCUCUGAAAAUAUGAUAUAAUGAGCACAUCAAGUGUAAGUUAUUUAUAAUAAAGUUGGAUUCUAUUGUAUGUGGCCUUUCUAAUCCACUAUCAGGUGUUGUUGUCACUAAGUUGAUCUGUCAAUGGCAACAUGUAGUGUCAAAGGUGAUCAAGGUGUCUUUUGCAAGGCAGCUCUGUAUCUCACAAUGACACAACAAUUCAACUAAACGGCAGCAUAGUAGCAUAGAAAUACACUAAAGACAAAAUAAAUAGACAAAACACAAUCAUGAAAAACAACCAUUGGACAAGUUCAGGUAGUACCUCCCGUUUGGAAGUGCUUCAAUCUGUUUUGUGUCUAAUUAACAUUUACGUCCCUGUUGUAAAGAGGUUAGGUACACACUCGUUAACGUUGUCUUAGUCUUGUAACAACAAGGUUUACAGACAGCAUUGGUUUCAGAUGAAGUUAUUGAAACAAUAGUAUACAUUUAUAAAGUAUUCAAAACUUUAUUGGUAUGUAAACACAUGACAUUAACACAUUCAAAUGACUGAGGAUCAGCGUCAACAACCCAGGAGGCCAAAGAUAUCAUGUCUCAAUAUUACUGUUGUAAAACACAGACAUUCUUUGGAAUUACACAGAAUGGAAUUUCACAUAACAAUAAAAGAAGGUUCCUUUGAAUCACUAAUCAAUUUGACUGUAGAAUUGUUGGUUUAGAUUCAAAUGAACUGUGCAGUUCCAGCGAACCAGACCUGGCUGACUGGCUUUCCCUCAUGUCUCUGUCACGUACAUGAAAGAUAAAUGCAGCCACCCACACACACCAUGGCAUUAAACAGUAGGUCAUGAAUUCAGAUGUGUUUGAUGUGAAAGGUGAAUAAACCUGGUGGUUCUGGAAACUUAGGAUAUUUUUGUUAAGGCAAAUAUAGGUGUUAUAUCUAAACGUUAGCCUACAAUUGGCCCAAAAACUCCCUUCAAAAUGGAUUGUAUUGUUGCCAACUUGGUUCCCUCUCUCUUUUGGUCACAAGGAUUGUAGUCUACACAUGCCAUCUCCUGAAAGAUGUGUUUGAUAUGGCCUUUGGCCACCUUUCCUUCCAGUUCUCUGCUGCCAAUGACUGGAACGAAUUGCAAAAAUCACUGAAGCUGGAGACAUAUCUCCCUCUCUAACUUUA